AUGGCCUCCCCAACCCCCGACAUCACCCUCUACACCACCCAAACACCCAACGGCAUCAAAAUCUCCAUAACCCUCGAAGAACUCGGCCUCCCCUACAAAGUCCACAAAAUCGAAUUCUCCAAGAACACGCAAAAGGAGCCAUGGUUCCUCGCCAUCAACCCUAACGGCCGCAUCCCCGCCCUGACCGACACCUUCUCGGACGGCAAGACCAUCAACGUCUUCGAGUCGGGAUCCAUCAUGCAGUACCUCGUCUCCCGGUACGACACCGAGUACAAGAUCAGCUACCCGCCGGGCACCAGGGAGUACGUUGAGAUGACGAAUUGGCUAUUUUUCCAGAACGCUGGUGUGGGACCGAUGCAGGGACAAGCUAACCACUUCACGCGCUACGCCCCCGAGGAAAUCCCCUACGCGAAGACGCGGUACACCAACGAGACACGCCGCCUCUACUCGGUGCUCGACACGCACCUCAGCACGACCGGAUCCCCCUACCUCGUGGGUGACAAGGCGACCAUCGCCGACAUCGCGCACUGGGGGUGGAUCGCCGCGGCUGGCUGGGCGGGCGUCGACAUCGAGGAGUUUCCGGCCGUCAAGGCAUGGGAGGAGAGGAUGGCGGCGAGGGAGGGCGUGGAGAAGGGGAGGCAUGUGCCUGAUCCGCAUACGAUCAAGGAGUUGAUGAAGGACAAGAAGAAGUUGGAGGAGAAGGCGGAGGAGAGCAGGAGGUGGGUUCAGCAGGGGAUGAAGGAUGAUGCUAAGAAGCUUGAGAAGUGA